UUUGUCUGUGGAAUUGGUCGAGUCAAACGCGCUGUUUCUUGCCGGCAGCUGGCUCGGCCGAUCGCCUUGGUGGAUCACCGGCGUACAAAAUCGAGUCGAGCGUAGAACGAAUUGUGCAUGGCAUCGACCAGCCGUUGGUCCCCUACGUCUGACUCCCUGCCCGAAAGGCACAGUGCUGCAUUUGCAUUUCCGCCGCCACAGUUCGCGGCGCGAAGUGAUCGACAUUCUCUACAUACUGGUCGGACGGCCAGUCCCCUACGUCUACUAUACACCAGGUGACGGCGCAGCACUUUUCGAUUAGCUAGAACACAGAGUAAACAGGUUGCAGCUUCAAGCUCCGAAGGCAGGACGAUGCAGGUCCACCGACGGUGGCUCAAGCUGGCGCUGCUUGCGGUGGUGGUCAUAAGUGCCGACGCACAGGUGUACACGAUGCAGAGUUUGGAUAGGGAUACCGAUUCGACUUCGGAUUCGAAUACGGAUUCCGAUAAUGUGCGCACCCCGACACCGACUGCUCGGAGACCGACCCGAACGUGGAUUCCUAUUACGAACGCUCCAUCGGAUUCGUCCGAUACAGAGGAAACACCAGAGACCCCGAGACGGACUCCGACGCCGACGACGAAAACGCCACGACCUACGACUAAAACCCCGCGAGCACAGGCACCAGCCGUUGACAGUGAGACGGCGUCCAGGUACGAAGCGACUUUAGACUCGGAAGAUGCUUCGGACUCUGGCGCAACCGAGGAGUCUCCCGUAGUGGACUCUACUGAGGAAUCGGGAUCGGAGGAAGGGACCGACAGCUCGGGCUCGAAUACAAAGAAGAAGAAAAAGAAAACCGUCUUCACCAAGUCGCCGUACCUUGAGCAGACGACGCCCGUGCCCAACGGCAUUCACACGGCCAACGAUGAUUCCGGUUCGGACGAGUCGGCAUCGGGACCGACCUCGGACGAUACCAAAUCGGACGAUUCGGGAUCGUCGUCCAAGACGACUAAGCCGAAGACCACCAAACCGAAGACAAAGAAGAAAACUUCGGAUUCGGCAUCGGGAUCGGAUUCCGAAUCGAGCAACUCGAAAUCGACCAAGAAGGACUCGAACUCGGCCAAACAGGACUCGACAACUUCGGACGAUACCGAUUCUACACAGAACUCGGACACUACGCCAUCACCGGAUUCUUCAACGACUUCAGCGUCCCAGUCGGGUUCCGCGUCAUCUUCCGGAGCUUCCGUGAUGACCGACUCGGCAUCGGCCGACAAGACCGGCAUGUCGAACACUCUAAUGCUUGGACUAAUGAUGGGCGGUGCUGUCGCACUGGUAAUACUCGUCGCCGUGUUCGUCUACAUCAAGACCAAUAGCAACGAGGAGGACGAGGAGGAUGACAUGGACCCUGUGCUCCGUACGGCACGGCACGACGGCACGAAGGGGACGGCACAGUCAUCAACGGUGAAUGCGAACUACCACGACAACCACAACAUGUCGCCUAUGGAGUACAGCGACGGCUACUACGGUAACCAGCACAACGCUCAGUACGACCAGGAGCCGUACGGACACCACGGCCAACCCAGUGGCGGUAGAAUCACCUACAACGAUCCGAACCUCGACAUGCUGACGCCGCGGAGUCAGAUCGCUCUCGCGCACUCACAGAUGUCGUUGCCGCCUAUGGCCCAGACCGGCCACUCUAAUGGUAGCAGCCAGUACUCGGACUCUCAGUACUCUUCGUUCUACGCUCAGAGUGCCUACAGUACCGACCAGUCGGUGAGUCAGGUCGUGGGCAAGUACCCGGGUAUGCGUCAAGGCAAGGGGGAGAACGACGUCGCCGGCUCCUCGGAAGAAGAGAGCGACUUCGAAGGCGAUUCGGUCCAGGAUAUGUCCCAAGCGACCAACGUGUGGAACACGGCCGGUCGGAACCGCGCCGGAACGGCAGCCAGCGGCAUGGACCGGUCCAUGGCCGCGUCAAGAUUCGCACCGAGUGACACUCGCUCCACGGCUGCGAGUGACUACAACGGGAAGAACCGCUUCCAGGAAUCCGAAUACACGGAAUACCGCAUGUCGACAGGUUACGAGAGCAGCUACGCCGGCGGCAAUAGCGGCUACGACAAGAGCUUUGCCGCUACUAAGAGUGGGUACGAGAAAAGUUACGCUUCCGACCAGAGCGGGUACGACAGUAGGUUCGCGGGUGGUAAAAGCUUCCAGAGCAGCGGAUUCAGUGAGUACGAGAGGGCUGUAGCUCCUUCGCGCAACCGUGGCGACAGUACAAACAGUGACGCGUCCCGAUUCACGGACGCCUCGUACUAUUGAGCGAAAUCUGUCGUCAACCAAGUAGUCCUAAGUCGAAAGUACCAAUCAAGCAGUCCAAGUCCAGUUAGUUGAGUGGUGAUGCGAGAGGUGCAUCAUUUCCGCAACUAGCCAGCGAGUUCAAAAGUGGAGGGAUGGAGCGAUUGAGAAUGGUGGACGAAACCUGCAAAGCUCAACAAGCUUUUUGCCCUUCGGACCAUGUCGGUGUGCGGUGCCAAACAGACGAGUAGUUUUAGGAGUCCACCGUGGCUACAUUUGUAUUUUUCGGAUCCUGUAUAAUUUUAUAUGACAGGAUUUACGGAAUUCAGUCGUAAUAGACAGACACAG